UAUCGGCUUUACGACUGUUUUGGAGGCUCAUUCAAAAUGGAGUAGCAUCUCGAGUAGCAACACGAUCUAAAGUGACCUAGUUUCAGUAGCUCUCUUUACUUCAACUGGAGCCGCCUCCGUUCUAACGCAGUGACCGCAGCACAAUGUCAGAAGAAAAGAAGCCGAGUUCUAUGGGGUUUUUCUCCAGCUACGAUGAUUUGAGCGACAGCAGCGACUCGGACGACGACGAGGGAGACGCUCAGAAAAAGCGCCAGGGAACAGAGGCUGCGGGAGGCGAAGGCGAGUCUUCUCAACACGGGACCAAACGAGGGGCCGGCGGGGCUCCCUUACCCAAACCCGACGAGCUCUUCAGAUCCGUUUCCAAGCCCACUUUUCUCUACAACCCGCUGAAUAAGCAGAUAGACUGGGACAGCCUUGCUGUUAAAGCCCCUGAAGAGCCUGUCAAAGAGUUCAAGCCAUGGAAGACAAAUGCAGUGCCCCCUCCUGAGAGCUACGCUGCAGAGCCAGAGAGGAAGAAGGGACCUCCUCCAGGAAUGGACAUGGCUAUCAAAUGGUCCAAUGUGUACGAGGACAACGGACAAGAUGCACCACAACCUUUCACGGGCAAAGCCAUGUUCCUACCCGAAGAGGAGCAACCCGUAGACUCAGAUGGGGAAUCAGACCAGCUCUCUCCCUCCUCCAAGAAGCGUCGAGUGGAGACCUUCAGGCAGAAGGAGAAGAGGAAGAGAGAAAUGGGACAGGCCACUUCUGACAAGAACUUUGUUGAGGAGGAGAAAAGGAUCCUCAGGCAAAAGAUAGAGUGAGACCUGAACUGUCUGCCAACAGGGCAUGGCUUCUAAUUUAAACAUUUUAACUUUGCAGUGAUCAUUCACCAACAUCUGCAGUGGUUAGGAAGGUAGUGACCAUUUCACCUACACUUUAAUGUUGACGUACUGUAAUUUGCGAAAUCCUAGUGUUUUCAAACGACUGUCAGCACAUGUGUGAACGAAAAGCUUUGCAUCAGCAUGUUUUCAGGCAAAGUUCAGUCUUACUGAUAAGAUUUCAACCUAAGAUCUUGUAUUCUGGCAACUCUGGACAAUGAUUUUCCAAAGGAUAGAGAGAAUUAUGGUGUUUUACUGUCUGGGUCGUCAUUUUAUAAAUCUGUUAUUGUGGACUCACCAACUCUCCACAGACACUGAGAUGAGGGUUACAGGUUUACAUUGUGCCUAGAUUGGCAUUACAUUUGCUUUACUUUUAUAAUGUGUAGUUUAGACAACUGGGUAAAAUGAGAUCUGUUCUAUUAUUCUGUCUGAUUUCUCUUGCCCCGGUAUCCCUCCACUUGGAUUAGUAUAACCAUAAAAAAUGAGUAAAGUCUAAAGUAAAACGCAAAGCAUUCUGCUGUGAUAUAUUAAACAUUAGGUGUGGUCUGUUGGUUUGGUCUCUUUCUACGACUCAAAAAAAAGACAAAAUGCUGUGUUGGUUUAAUUUGCGUUUUGUGUAGUUUGUCUUGUAUUUUGCUAAACCUCUAUUUAUGCUGAACUCUGACUGUUUUUGUUUGUUUUAAAUGACAAUAAAUAUGUUGAAAUAUAUUUUCAACUAAAAGUGGAAAAAGUGAACUUGUCACAGUAGGAAAUGCGGUUGUUACUAAUAACAUUCUCAAGACCCUGACACCAAAGCAGCUAAAUGGAAUUAAUCCAUUAUUCAUUUAUUUAUUUUAACCUUUUUUUCCUGCCAUGACAUGUCAAACUGAUAAAGUCGCAUUACUUUUUUUUUUAAAACAAUUGGCUUGUACUUCCAACAUAUGGGCACUAGAUGGCGUCCUUGAGCUACACUAGAAUUCCCUCCCUGAAUGCGAGGAAUGGUGAAUUCUGCUGCACACUGUGGGGCAGCUAAAUAACUAUCAGGGUCUGUGUAGAGACAGCAAAGGAGCAAGAGAUGGAUGGUCUUUGAUUUGGGUGUGUGUCUUAUCUCAGUUCCCUUUCGAUUCUGUACUGUUUCUUGUAAUAUGUAUUAUCUGUGAAAUCAGCUUCCCUGUAUAUGUUUUUUUUCUGUCAUUACAAUGGAGUAUUGAAGCAUU